AUGUCAUCCAUGGCAGAGCUCAACCUCGGAAAAGUUUUGGGCAAUGAGCUAGUUACAAUAACUAUAGGCAAGGAGAAGCAAAAGUUCACUCUGCACAAGCAGCUGCUAUGCGAGUCUGUGGACUAUUUUCGCGGGGCCUUCUCAGUAGGCGGAUUUCAAGAGAGCCACAGUUCCUGUAUGGACAUGCCAGAGGAUGAUCCUGAAGCUUUCGAGCUGUUUCUUCAUUGGUUGUAUCGCGGAGAAGUAAGGAGGGCAACAAAGCUUACGGAUAUCGACCAAUUUCUCAAACUUUACGUCUUUUCUGAGAAGUUGUGCCUAAACGAAGUAGCAAAUAAGACUAUGGACGCAAUACAGGAGAUGAAUUAUGACCUUUAUACAUUACCCAAAUGUAGUCUAGAGCAACUGGACGGCGUCUGGAGAAACACGUCUUCUACAUCGCCCUUACGCAAAUGGCUCAUUCAUCUACUUGUCUACAAUGUUUGGGACCAUGAAGGAUCCGGUACACCCGAGAAAAAGACAUUCCCGCUGAAAACUGAAGAGCUCAUCUCUUUGUGGCAGCUGUUUAAAGACCACGAAGAUCUUUAUGCGAGUUUCUUUACUCAAUUACAUAAACACGCAGCAGACAAUCCACCACCAUUCGGAUUUGAUUUCAACGAUUCGAGUCCUUGUGCCUAUCAUCGACAUUCGGAAGGAGAAGUCUGCCAUCUUGAUAGAUCGUAG